AUGAAAGGCUGCAAAAAAGAUGUUACACUUGCCAGAGCCCUGGAGGAGACAGAUCCUCUUCAUGGAGUUAUUGAGAGCAAGCAUCUGGGCUUGGAUCCUGUCUCUGGCAGACCGAAGAUUGCGAAGGAGGUUCUUGAUGGAAUGAGACAAUACCUCUUAGCAGCAGAUGGCCAGGAGAAACAGGCGAGAGAAGAAAGAGUGAAAAAAUCCCUGAAGGAUUUGGAUGAUGAUAUUCUUGGUCAGAAAAUCUAUCUGAGGUUGGAGCAGGUCCCAACGCUAUCAUCGAACUUAGAUAAAGGAAAAGGAACUGUCUUUGACUUCAGUGCGCAGGCAACUCCAAAUACAGCACAAGGAAAGCUAAUGGCCAGUGCCAUAGUGGCUGGCUCUAAAACUCUGCAGUCGGGGAAAAUCCUCUCCUUACCUCCAACUUCACACGGGCCUGAUGGCUCUUCUCAGUCACAAUUUCUGAUGGAAAGUUCAACGGGUUAUAGUGUUGGUAUCUCUGAUACUAGCAUUUCCGGGACUAUUCCAAAGAAAGCUAAACAGAGAAAGAGACCGGGUACCUAUACGAGAAAGGCUGCUGGAAAGAGGGUGGCUAAGGUACCAACUGAAGGAGAGAAAAUGGUGGGUGAAGGGAUAAUUUCAGAUGGGAAGAGGAAAGCACGAGAAGAUGUCGAGCCAUCUCAAAGCUCUGCAAGGUUUAAGAAACCAUUGGUGGUCCCAAAUGAGGGACCGUCCAGUAUCUAA